GCCGACGAGCGCGAGCUGGCACCGUUCGGUGUAAUGCACCUUUAUCUCAACAGGCAUCCGAACAGAGCUGGGUUCUUUCCUUCAUAAAAGUUACUCAGCAACGUAGCAGGAAGCUACACCAGGGUUUAGCUAGCAUCAGGCAGCCAAAGGUGUCUCUGGUGAUCGAUGUCCUCGGAUCAUGAGUCCUCCGACAUUGAGGGCAGUCCUACCCCUCGCACGUCCCCUGCCCAACCUGCCUGGUGGUCGGACUCAGAUGGCCGUCGCUCAGCUCGAGAUGUGGCAGAUGUCGACGAAUCGCCUUGGUGGGAAUCAGACGGUGAAGUUGAAAAGCAGCAGUUGUGCAGUGACAGUCCCAACAUUUUGCCGAGUCCCUGUCGCAGAGCCUCUAGUGAGUCAUCAGUUACUCCUACUUGGUGGGUGGAACCCUCGUCCAGAGAGCUCAGCACAUCCGGUGCAGAGGUGGACGGUGGCCGAGAACACUGCUUUCUCGGUCCCAGCACUGAAGCAGGCAGCGAGCGGGAAAGAGGUGGUGAUAAAGACGGGAGUCUGUCCGAGUCUUGGAAGAGCCGAAAGAGAUCAAGGGAGCAAUCACAUCAAUCAAGCAUAUGUCAGAGGGAACCACCGCUUAGCAAACCAAAGUUGGAACCACCAUCUCCGAAUGCUGAACCACGCUCUGUCCUCCAAGACCUCAAGAGAGGCAUCUUCCAACCCAUCCAGUCAUUCCUCCUCUUCUUCAAUGUGGACCUCCUGACCAAAAUUUGUGAUCUGACCAAUGCCGAGGGGUGGCAGAGGAUCCUCCAAGAGCCCUCUCUCGCCAGCGAAGACGGCUCCUGGAGCGAGGUGACGGUGAAAGAGAUGUACGCACUCCUGGCGGUGGUUUUGAUGAUGCGGCAGCACCCGGAUGUCUGCUUUGGAGCCUUCUGGCGGGAGCAACCAGACCAGUCGGGCUGCUGGCCUAGGGAGUUGAUGAAACGCAGUCGGUUUUUCACCCUCCUCCAAGUGCUCCGGCUUCAUGUAUCAGAGCACAUGGACGACACUUCCAAAGUUGACGUGACCUACCAACGGACAGCAGCAGACAGCGAAAUCCAGCAGUCUCAAUCCAGUUUCAUCAAAGAUGGUUUGCCACCGAAGGGACUGAAAUACAUCUUUGAUCACAUAGAGAGAAUAUUCCAAGUUUUCUUUAAUGAGUUUGAAUUUCAGUGUUUUGAGGAUGUCUCGUUGAGUGAUCAAAGUUAUCAGGUAAAAAUGCAAAAUUACAUGCGGAUCUCUCCAUCGUCUUUUGACACACCCGUUGAUAAAACCUUAGAUUCCCAGUCAAAGUCGGAGAAGGUAAGCCACGUGGAACCAAUCACAGACUUGGCUACUUGCAACAGAGCAAUAUCAGCUCAGGGAAGCUUAACAUCCAACCAAGUUGAAGAAUCAGGAAAGAGAGAAAAUGAGCUGGGCUCAUCCAAAGUGAGAUCAGAAGAACGUGAGCGGGAUGGAAAGCUAUCAGAUCUGGCAUCAAGUACUUCAAGCAAACUGCCUUCCAUUCACAGCAAUGGUAUGUCCAAGAUAACGCGCAUGUCAAACAAAAUCAAAGUAAGAUGGCAGCAGGGUAACCUUCUGAGUGUGAUUAUUACCAAAGAUAGUACCAGGGCCUCUCCAAUCACCUUGAAUGCCACGACCGACAAGUAUGGGACUGAAGAUGGACAAAGCGGAUCACAAUCCUGGAAAGAGGUCUUUGUACCCUGCCCAGAGUUGGUGUACCGAGAUUGUGCUUUAGGAUUGCCUUGCAAUACUACAGACUCGGUUAGCGGAGAUCGUUCUGGCUGGGAAGGGCUUGGGAAAUCAUUCCUCUAUCACUAUCUGCACUUAGCCGUUUACUUUGCUUCAUCCAGAGAAGUCACGCGAAUGCAUCUAGGAUCAAACAAGUUGCUACCAGAUUUAGAUUCUUUAGAACGGAUCAUCAAAGGCUUGGCUUUACUUGGAAAACCAGAUUCCAUUUUGCAGUCGGAUUCUGACAGCGAAGCGAGCGAAUCAGACACAAGUUGCUACAUGAUGUCAACGGACCACAGCGACAGUGAUGGCCUAGACGACCAGGACUGCAAGAAUAAGGCAGGGCGACCGAAGCCGCAUAAGUAUGUGCAGGCCCGCAGCCGGUUGGGACGCAAGUGCGCCCUCUGUUGGGCACUGUACCAGGAGUCUCGACAGGUCCACACGCGCUGCACCCGUUGCGGCUGGCACCUCUGCCUGUCGCAGUUCCGCAAUUGCAUGCAAGAGGCACACCAAGACAAAGAAAUAAUGAAGCAGCUGUGGGACAAGGACGCUAAUGAUGUACAAAGUACCAGUGAUACAAGUGAAACAGUGAAUUCAUAGGCGUUUAUUCCAAUUUCAGGUUUGUGGAUGUUUCUACAGCAGAGAAUGGGCUUCAACUCAGGGAAUGAAAGUUAUAAAAUAUUAGAUAACAUAAUUUAAGAACUCACAGACUUCCUUCUGGAAAGCCAGAGAAUUACAUUUAUAUCAUACAUGCACCAUCAGAAUAUUCCAGUAUCAGUGAGGUCACCAGUGGCCCCCCCACGUUUUUGACUGAUGGGCUAGCCUUUGGGUGGGGCAUAAUGGAUCAACCUGUGAAAAGCUCAUGCCUCAUAGUCGAACAACUGGACCACCCCCCCCCCCUUUGGAAAUCAUUCUGCCACCAGCACACACUAUCACACAAUAGAGGGUGCAGUUUACAGAAUGUGCCCAAAUUCAAAACUAACAGAAUGAAUACUCAGCAAAACACUUUGCUUUGUGGAAUCGAAUGCAUCUUGGAAUCAAUUAAAGUGAUCUUGAUCCACAGAGGCGUGUUGGCCAAAAGAAUGUUUUCCAGGACAGGAAAAAAGGCCAGAAAGUUUUUGUUCCCAGUUUAAUGAACUUGGAUAUUGGCUAUGCGAGUGUAUUCAAUUGUAUUGUCCUCUUUAAAUUUAUUUACACGUGUUUAAGUAACUUUUUACAAAGCCAUUUGGAGAAGACUGGUGUAAAUAUUUGUGCAAUUUGUAGUAUUUUUAACUGAAAAUAAAUAUGACUUGUAAAU